AAUCAGUGUGCAGACCUCGCCUCUGCUGGCUUAUUAAAUUUAACUUCCCAUUGUCAGUCAGAGGCAGGUGCUCUGAGCCUCCCCAGCUGCCACUUACAUAAUGUCAGCCCAGGACCGCCACAGUUUAGUGAGCGAGGAGAGACUCAGGCCAAAGUGAGCACAGACAAUACUGAAGGAGGCCGGCUUACCGACACGUUACAUAAGGGAUGUUUUCUUUCCACUUGGCUGGGAUGAUGCAGUUGAUGGUGGUCCAGAAAUAGGUCUGAGCGAAGGAGGAAGGGAUGCUGCACAGCACACGCUACAUGUACCAGCAGAGGAGGAAGAGUACACAGACGAGCCGGGUGAUGCACGACAUGAAACUGUGAGGUCGUGCAUGCGGCAGUCUGGUGAGACAUGAUGGAGGAGGCUGCCAGCCAGCUGGAGAGAGACCAUGUGCACAGCGUCUAUGACAAGAUUGCACCAUAUUUCAACGACAGCCGCUACAAAGCCUGGCCCAAGGUGCGACAGUUCCUGCUGGACCUGCAGCCGGGGAGCAUCGUCGCUGACAUUGGUUGUGGGAAUGGCAAGUAUCUCCACAUCAACCAGGAGGUGUUCAAGCUGGGGUGCGAUGUUUGUCGCCCCCUGGUGGACUAUGCCUGGAGCCAAGGACACGAGGUCCAGAUGUGUGACAGCUUGCAUUUGCCUUACAGAGACGGCUGCUUUGACGCUGUGCUCUCGAUUGCAGUCAUCCACCAUUUGUCCACCAAAGAACGUCGUAUUAGAGCAAUAAAGGAGAUGGCUCGCACCCUGCGAGUGGGUGGACGCAUCAUGAUCUACGUGUGGGCCAUGGAGCAGAAACGCCGUAAAUUUGAGAAACAGGACAUCUUCGUUCCCUGGAACCCGAACCCUCAGUCACCCCCAGUCAAACCCAGGCGGAGGGCCACGGCUCAGAGUGUGAGUGAAGCCAUAGACAACAGCGACAAGCACAGGAAGGUUAGAAGCACAUCAUCGGUGGCAGACGAAGAAGACCUGAGCUGCACCGCGCCUCAGCAGAGCACCCAGAGACUGUGGUUCUUCUCCAGGUCUCUGGAUUCUGUCUUUGACUUUGGAAGCUUAGCCAUCUCUCGCUCGUCCUCCAGAGACAUGAGCACUUUAUCGUCACCCGUGGGGGAGAACGAGGGGAACAAGGCCCGCCAGCGGGGGAGAGGGCGAGGCCUCAUCAAACAGGUUUCAAACUUCUUCUCCCCGCCUUCUGUGAUCGGAUCAGAGGAGGACGUUUUUGACUCGGUCACAGAUUUGCACAAGGGACACAAUGAUCCUGAACGCAACACUAACAACAACUGCGCGGGAAACCAGAGUGUGUCUGUAUCCUUAGCCAAGGAGUGUGGCUCUCUGGCCCUGCCAGAUCUGGUGUCUUUCCAGAAGGAGCACCUGAAGCAGUGUGAAGAGGAAAGUGAAGGAGUGCCGCAAGGAAAUGAGCAGUCGGAAAGUACACGGAGCCUCGAGGGGAGCGUGGAGCAGGUGCAGGGCUCCUGCCUGAGGUACUAUCAUGUCUUCAGGGAGGGAGAACUGGCAGAGCUGAUAGAGAACCAUGUGGGAGAGCUUCAUGUCAAACACACUUACUUUGACCACGCCAACUGGUGUGUGGUGGCAGAGAAAGUGCAGUUAUGGAAGAUAUGAUUUCAACUUGUUUGGUUUCAUUUUGCUUUGACUCUGCCGACACAUUUUACGACUUUUACACUCCGAAAGUAACAAGUAUAGAAAUAUACACACAUAGCAAGUGUUAAAACAACCCCUCAACCAAACCACUCCACUGCUGCAACUCUCUACUUCAC